GCACCGCUGGCCCAGACCCGGGCGCGGCUGGACAUGGCCACCUACUGCAAAGACCUGGGCCCCUCCUCGGCCCCGCCUGGCCAGGCCCGGGCCACCGCGCACCCCCCGGGCUAUGAGCAUAGUGAUCUGGGCGCGGUGGGCGGGGGCCCGCGCCUGUGGGUGAAUGCGCCAGCGCUCAGACCCAAGUCCUACGCUUCGGGUCCCGGACCCGCGCCGCCCUACGCGGCCCCAGGCUACGGGGCUCCCGGCCCGCUCCUCGGCGCCCCGGGCGGCCUGGCGGGCUCCGACCUCUCCUGGCUGAGCCUCUCCGGCCAGCAGGAGCUGCUGAGGCUGGUGCGGCCGCCCUAUUCCUACUCGGCGCUCAUCGCCAUGGCCAUCCAGAGCGCGCCCCUGCAGAGACUGACUCUCAGCCAGAUCUACCAGUAUGUGGCUGGCAACUUUCCUUUCUACAAGCGCAGCAAGGCGGGCUGGCAGAACUCCAUCCGCCACAACCUGUCGCUCAACGACUGCUUCAAGAAGGUGCCCCGCGACGAGGACGACCCAGGUAAAGGCAAUUACUGGACCCUGGACCCCAACUGCGAGAAGAUGUUUGACAACGGGAACUUCCGAAGGAAGAGGAAGAGGAGAGCUGAAGCCAGCGCGGCCUCGCCCUCGGGAGCCAGGAGCGAGGGAGGGGCCGAGGCGCCCGCGCUGGAGCCCCCGGGCGCGGCUUGCCCGGACCUGCAGGCUUCGCCCUCUCCAUCCGCACCCGAGGCCGCCACCUGCUUCUCCGGUUUCGCCUCGGCUAUGAACGCACUGGCGGGCGGCCUUGGCACCUUCCCCGGGGUCCUGGCGGGCGACUUUUCUUUCGGGAGGCCGCCGCCGACGGUCGCCGUCCACACUUCCCAGACCCUUAGCCCCUCGCCUAGCUUCGUCCCUGGCCACCAGACCGCGGCCACUGGCUUUCGCGUCAGUCACCUCCUCUACAGCCGGGAAGGGACGGAAGUUUGAAGGGAUGCUGGAGGCUAGCCGGGUGCGGUGUCCAAAGGUGCUGAGCUCAGGCCUCCGGUUUCCCCUGGUGACAGCCCCACGUGUUGGCGCCAAAGGCCUGGGUGCCCUGGGAGGACGCGCAGAGCCGGGAGCGGCUUGGCCAGCAGGGAGCUGGGCUGAGCGGCUCUUGGGCCUCGGGGUGGGUGGCCCGUCUGCUGUGCACCCCUCACCCAGGCGACCUUCAGAGCUUCCCUGCUCUGCCUCUAAGUCGAUCCCUCCUGGGCCUCCAGAACCUGUGCUCUCCAGGGAUUUGCCUUGAAGGGGCGGCACGGUUGGCGCUCAGCUCCGACGUUUCCCAAGCAGGCUGGCUGACUCCAAAGAGCCUUAGAGCAGGUGGGAGAAAAGUGGGCUGCCAGAGCGGCCCAGGG